AAACAGAAUGUUGAAAGUAUAGAAUUAGAGAAGUGAUAGUUAUAACAGUAGUGUAUGUAUAUGUAUAUGUGUGUGUAUAUAUAUAUAUAUAUAUUGUAGCACAUGUGAUUUGACAAAGUAGAUUUGCUCUCUUCUUGCUAUAUAUAAAGGUCAUAUAUGAAGGAAACAAUCACAAUAGCUUUCUUUUGAUCUUUCCUGUCUUUCUAUUCUUUGCCCUUUCAAGAAACUUUACAUAGAAAUCAUGCAUCAAAAUAUGAUUGAAACUUCUUCAAUUUACAGAUAACUAGAAACAUAUAAGAUUGAUAGAGAUAGUUAGAUGGGCAUUGCAUGAAAUAGAGAAAUAAAUACCGCAAGAACAGUGUUGCAGAAGAUGCAUCGGACAUAACAAAGAUGUUCAGAAGAUUGAACCAAAUCCAUGGAGUUUCUAAACCUCCAACAAAAUGGGAAGUGUUCGCGAAGAAGAAAGGUAUACAAAAGCGUAAGAAAGACAAGGUUGUUUUUGAUGAACAAACUGGUUCAUGGAAGCGCAGACAUGGCUAUGAUCGUGUAAAUGAUGACAAAGAUGUGCCAAUUAUUGAAGCCAAGGAAACUGAUGAGCCCGUUCAAGAUCCUUUUGCUAAGAGACAAGAAGAAAAGAAGAAGAGAGUAGAAAAACAAGAGAAAAAUCGAUUAAGUAACUUGAAGGAAGCUGCAAAAGCUGCUGCCUUGCCAAGUCAUAUUCAGCUUGCUGCCACGACACAGCCUAUAAUAGGAACACAAGCUGCACCGAGGAAAAUUAGCAAGGAUGAACUCGGCAAUGUUGCUGGAAUGGCCGCAAAUGCAACAACUAGUGGUGGAAAAUUAGACAAACAGAAUGUUGAAAAUUUAAUAAUAGCUAGCUAGAUUCUAUUCUUCUACAGCUCUUGAAUUUUCGAAAAAAAUACACUUGUCAAGCAACCCAAUAUUGGACAAAUCUUCAUCUCUUUCUUGAUCAUAAUCAAUGGAGAUAUCAAAUCCAAAGAAACACAAGUUCAGAAGAAAUAACAAAAGAUGCAAACCACCAGUUAUUAUCCACACACAGUUCGGAAGAAAAAAUCAGUUAAUAUCAGAAAGUCACAAGUUCAGUGCCAACAUAAGUAUAGCAGAUUAACCACCAGGCAAACCUCUAAUUACAAGAAUGCCAGAAAUCGUUCGAGUCAGUUGCACAUGGUAAUAAGAAACUACAUGUACUGAGAUUUGUCUUAAAACUCUUAUACUUAAGCAAAUAGAACCAAAAUCGAUGUCAGUUGCAUAAUAGGAAUAUGACCAAAGAUGCAAAACAUGAAAGUGCAUAAUGAGAGAUCGUCUGGCAUCUGGACCACUAAUCUAGGACUGCAUUGAGAAGUAGAGAACUGGUAUUCAAGGCUUUCAAGCGUCCUUGUCUACCUUCUCAGCAAAUCAAAGCUUAUAAAGCCAUAUGUGACAGCAUAAUUAGUUAAACUAAAAUGUAUAUUUAGAUAAAAGUUUAUAUUAUACAAAGGCCAAAUAUAGAGACACAUGAUUUUAUUGUAAAGCAAAGUAAUAAUAUUACGGUGAAAAUUAAUUGCCUAGAACUUUGCGCUUCCUUCCUCCUCCUAUUCUAAACAAAAGAGUUAAAUUAUUUUUGUUUUCCUUCAUGUAUCAUUAAAAAAUUUACGAGCAACAAAAUUAAGUGAACAAGGUUCUACAUCAUUCGACAUGCAUCUAUUUUGGUGUACCCUAAGCCGAGGUCACAAAGAAUUUUCUUUGCUUCAUAGAAAGAAUUAGGCACAAAUGACCCCUCGGGAAGAACUUCUUUGAAGAAGCUCAAUAAUGCAUCUAUCGAUUUGUUGCUCCAAUGGCUAAGACACUUCAAGUGAAGUAGUUUAACAACAAAAGACAACUUCGAAACUUUUUUACAACCAGGAUAAAGUUCUAUCUCAGCAUCUUCUAACAAUUUGUAGAACUUUGUUGCAUGUACAUUUGGCUCUUCAUUGUCCUCUGAAUUAUUAUUAUUAUCCUCCACAUUCGUAUAUCCACAAGCAUCGUGAAUCAUUUUAGUAAUAUUAUCCUCUUCAAUGCUAUCAUCUUCCGCUUCAUCACUAACUGCAGUAUUAGAAGUUUCAACUCUAACUAACACUUCUCCAUGCAAGUCUCACACUUUAUAAGAAUCCCAAAAACCCUUCUUCAAUAAAUCUCCUCUUACACCAACCCUUAGCUUGAACACGGUAUUCAUACACCCUUUACAAGGACACCGAAUCAUAGAGUUCACCGUUAGUUGACUGAAUGCCCAAUUAAGAAAGUUGUCUACUCCAUCUCUAUAUCUUUGGUCGACUCUAUUCAUAAUAUUCAACCAACUUUUAUCCAUCAUA